AUGUUUUGCUUCGCAACAUCUAGGUCUGUGGCCUCUUUUACUACUACUAGAUCGACUACAGACCUACUGCUCCUUUCCAUUGAGACAUGGUCUCUCUCUUUCCCUAACGAGCCAUCCCAUCUCAUGCACGUGCCUUUGGGAAGACGCCAGUCUCUCAAAAUUUCUUUUUCGUCCCGUUUUUUCUUCCUUUUUCACGUUGUUUAUGCCAAUGAAGUUUAUCUUCUUUUUAAGUUCUUUACUUUUGAGCAUUUCACUUUUUCUUUUUUAUUUCCACGUUGUUUUUGCUUUUUCUUUUCUUUUAAAGUUAUUUACUUUUCAACAGUUCAUUUUUCUUCUUUUCUGUUUUAUUUCCACGUUGUGUUUCCUUUUUCUUUCCUUUUAAAGUUAUUUACAUUUCAACAUUUCAUUUUUCUUCUUUUUCUUCUCCACCUCUACGUUGUGUGUUUCCUUCUUACGUUUUUUUUUCCAAUUCUCAUUUUUUUCUUAUUUCCGUGGCGACAGUGUGUAAUACUUAUCGCGGCAACCAAUUGUAGCGUCUCCUCACCGCUAUCCCUUUCUCUUCCUCUCUCUCUCUCUUUCACUUUCUCACUCUCUCUCUCUCUCUCUCUCUCUCUCUCUCUCUGUCCUCUCUUUUACACAAUCGUAAAUACUACUUGA